AACCUGUCAUAGAACUAAGUGAUGAUCAAAAAGAACAAAUACUUAAUUCUCAAGARUUUGGAAAAUUCUUUGACAAAGCAACCAGAUUGAUGGAGCGUGCUCUCUGUGAGGACAUUGACAUUUUCAUGGACUAUUCUGGUGCAGAAGCUGAAGAUCAAGACAAGGGAGCUGAAGCAUCUUCUCAACUUACAAUGAGUAGGGAUUUUUAUGAUGAGAGAUGGUCMAAACACAGAACAGUGACUUGCAUGGACUGGUCUACACAGUAUCCAGAACUACUUGUUGCCUCCUACAACAAUAAUGAAGAUUUGCCCCAUGAACCUGAUGGUGUUGCUCUUAUCUGGAACUUGAAGUUUUCAAAAACCACACCAGAAUAUGUAUUCCAUUGUCAGUCUGCUGUAAUGUCAGCCACAUUUGCUAAGUUUCACCCUAAUCUGAUAGUUGGUGGAACAUAUUCUGGUCAGAUUGUUUUGUGGGAUAAUAGGAGUAGCAAGAGAACUCCAGUGCAGAGAACACCUCUGUCAGCAACAGCACAUACUCAUCCUGUUUACUGCGUCAAUGUUGUUGGUACUCAAAAUGCUCACAACUUGAUCAGUGUGUCUACUGAUGGUAAAAUGUGUUCAUGGAGUUUGGAUAUGCUGUCACAACCUCAGGACAACAUGGAGCUUCAGUACAAGCAGUCUAAGGCAGUAGCGGUAACAUGCAUGUCAUUCAUGGCUGGUGAUGUAAACAAUUUUGUUGUGGGUAGUGAAGAAGGAAGUGUUUACACAGCAUGUAGACAUGGCAGCAAAGCAGGCAUCAGCGAU